GUCCCUUUUCUUCAGUCCAGAGUUCAGGACAGUAGAAGAGCUGCACCGCCAGACAAGAGCUGCAGGCUGGCAGGGAAGCAACACCUUAUCAGCCCAGGAUCUCCAGCUGCCCUCAGCGGGAAGAAAGCAAAACACAGCAAGAAAGACAGCGAGAGAUUCCUCCCUGCACUGGCACAAUGCGCACUCUCAUCAUCCUUACGUUUCUGGCUGUCUUGGUGAUGGCUGCCACUUGCUAUGAGUCCCACGAGAGCAUGGAGUCCCAUGAGCAUUAUUAUCCCUUCAUCAACAGGCGAAGGGCCAAUGACUUCAUACAAGCUGACACGAGACUAGGAACCAUCACUCAAGAGAGGAUCAGGGAGCGUACUAAGGCACCCCAUGAACGUCAGAGGGAGAUCUGCGAGGACUACUACCCUUGUGAACUGUACGCUUAUCGCCAUGGCUAUGCUGCUGCUUACAAGCACUAUUUUGGGAAGAGGAGGACUAAGUAAAGGAUGACCUGCCCCUAUCCUGGGGCCUGAAGUCCAGGGUAUCCUCCCCAAAAAUGCAAUGGCUCUGAAACAUAUUCAGUUGCUUGUGUCCUUGUAUGUUAUCCAGCCUGCUGCUUCUCUCCCAUGUAGCCAUGGAUUCCUACACCGUGUUAAUUAGUGCUGAGCUGAUGUAGCAGAGAUCAGAGUGAGUUCAGGAUGUGGGUGUUUACUACACAAUAAAUUGCUGGUUUGAUACUAUC